AGCGGGAGAACUGGCAGUAGCAAAGCAAGGUGCUUUCGUUCUCAGUUGUUUUGUUUUAGGUACCUGGGGAGAAGAUGCUGUAAACGCAAGCCCCUUUGAAACUACACCCAACAUGAACAAAGAUAAUAUAUGGGAAAACAGGGAGGGGAGAUGCAUUUAAAAAUAACUUGCGAGUCAAUUAUUGUAACCGAAGUUACUGCCUGAGAAACAAAAAUGUGAACUCGGUUCUGAAGCCGCCCCAGGAAGGAGUCUGAGGCCUGGAGUAAAAGCGCUCAGCGAACCCUGACCGGCAGGAUGGGCUGCGAGGGUUCGUAGUACGCUGGUCUCGGACCCAGCCCCCACAGUGCGGUGGACCUUCCUGGGGCCGACUCCUGGCGGUCUCGGCACCUUGCCCCCUGCCGGAACCCGCCUACGGACCGCAAACUUCGGCACCCAGAGCUCGAGGUCCAGACCAGCGCCCAAAUGAGCGCCUACAGAGAAUCUUGUCGACUCCGCGGGGAACCCGGAGCGCCCUAGUCCAACGUGGCGGGGGAGGGGCGAGCUCGAGUUCUCGCGAGUUUUCGUCCUGGCUCUGGCGCCGACAAGUUCGCGGCGGAGGCGAUAUGCGGUCUGCAGAAAGGGCCGGAGGCCUGGAGACGACCGUUGCCGCGCGGAGCCCGUGCGGGACGGACAAGCUCUCAACCCCAGACGGUCAGUUCCGCCGUGAGUCGCCGCGGCGAGAGCCUGAGACACUGCCAGCCUCAUUCUUGAGCUGUGGGGGCGGUGUAGGCAAACCUCGCGAGGAAAAGAAGACGGCCCUAAGCAAGGUGGUCAUCCGGCGGCUUCCCCCUGGUCUCACCCAGGAGCAGCUGCAGGAGCAACUGCGCCCGCUGCCCGCGCACGACUAUUUCGAAUUCUUCUCGGCUGACCUCAGUCUUUAUCCUCAUCUCUACUCAAGAGCAUACAUUAAUUUUAGAAAUCCUGAUGACAUCCUUCUUUUUAGAGAUCGUUUUGAUGGAUAUAUCUUCAUUGACAGUAAAGGUCUGGAAUAUCCUGCUGUGGUAGAGUUUGCUCCGUUCCAGAAGAUAGCCAAAAAGAAGCCUAAGAAAAAAGAUGCCAAGACCGGGAGCAUCGAAGAUGAUCCAGAAUAUAAGAAGUUUUUAGAAACUUAUUGUGUGGAGGAAGAGAAGGCCAUUGCCAACCCUGAAACUCUCCUGGGAGAGAUAGAGGCAAAAACGAGAGAACUCAUUGCUAGAAGAACCACACCUCUUUUGGAAUAUAUUAAAAAUAGAAAAUUAGAAAAGCAGAGAAUUCGAGAGGAGAAGCGAGAAGAGCGGAGAAGGAGGGAGUUAGAGAAGAAACGUUUGCGGGAAGAGGAGAAAAGAAAAAGAAGAGAAGAAGAAAGGUAUAAAAGAAAAGAGGAAGAUAAACAGAAGAAAACUACUGAGAAAGAGAUAAGAAUUAAGCUUCUUAAGAAACUGGAAAAGGGAGAGGAACCAACCACAGAGAAACCCAGAGAAAGAGAAGAAAUUGAUGUUGGAGAUGGAAAACACGAAGCCCGUGCUGCUUGUACAGUUGCAAAAGCUGGACCCUUGGAGAGCUGCCUAGAGGAGCCCAGGGAGAAGUCACAAAAUGUCAGUGACAAAGAGCACAGGGACAUGGACAGAAGGUCUCGAGAAAAAGAACCGGAAGCACAAAGACAGCUUACGGACGACAACAGGAAGCACAGAGCUCACCGCCAGCUGGGCGGGCUCUCGGGGAGGAGUGAAGAUGAGCCAAGAUGGGCGAAAGCAUCUGCCCCAGACAGAGAGAGGGAGGUAACACAACUUUAAAUAAGACAGAAUCAGACAUUCUUCCACCAACCCUGGGACAUCUCCAUAAUUGAAGCUUCCUUUACUCUCUUCUGUUAUUAAAAAAUGGGCCCCACAAGAAUGUAACCACUUUGCCUCAUCAGCCCUGUCCCCUGCAUUUCCCCCUUCUCUCUCUGCCUUUGAAGUGCUGGCUGUUCCAAUUUACCCACACGAAAAAGAGCCACAGUUUGUCGUUUUCCCAGGAAGGUAGUCAAAAUCUUGGAUUAAUAAACCUUCAUUCAUUGA